AUGGUUGAAUCCAUGAUGACAGAUCAUGCACUUCUUCACGAGAGCUGUACAGCGGAUGAUCUACGGAAAAGAGGCAACGAGCUGUUGAAGCAAUUGCCUUCCAAAAGGAAGGCGACCUUGACGGCAGAUAUCCCACCUGAUUUAAUAGAUAGCAUUGAUACAUACGCGAGUCUGUGUAAGGCGAAGUUUAACGAUAAUGAAGACUGGGUGAAGACUGUGCUACUUCAGCCCCUCUUUGAGUUUGAUGGAACGGCAGCGAUGGGAUGUGACUUUCAGUUGAUGAUGGUGUUCAACGCUUUGCACCGGGUCAAGUUUAAAGGAAAGCAGCAGCAGUUCCAGAAGCACUUGUAUCAAAUCAGGUCGGCAUUCGGUGAGUUGAGUAAGGGCCGAAGUGGAGGCUCGGGCCCAAGUCUGCCACCGGCACGUGAAAUGAGUAGCGAGAUGGAGUAUGACUUUCUCGAAAAGGGUCGAAGGAUAUUGCUCAACCUCUACAUGAAUCCUUGCAUGAACACAGACGAAGGGCGCCGGUUCCUGACGACGGUGCUGACAUUGUUAGAUACCGAUUUUAUCAGCGACGUAACCAAGGCCAUGGUCGGCGUGGCCGUGAAAUCCAAGGCGCCCAGCACUGAGACUUGCAACAUUUUAGAGGAAUAUGUUGGCGAUAUGCUCUACCGCAUCUUCGUCACCAUGUCAGAAAUGCCCGGCAUGUUCAGUCACUACGAAUCCAUCAUCAAGAGUCUCCAGGACCGCGCCUUGAGAAGCCACGAACAACUGUUCUACAAAUAUCGAAAACUUCUUAAACCCAUCCACGGCAAAAAGUUCAAGGCUCUCCGAGAAUUUCACCAACGAUCCCUCAUUCUAGACAUCAAUGAAUGCAUACACGCAGCAAACUACCAAGUCAGAAGAAACAGCUUGGAGCUUUUCGCUGACACUUUUCCCCUCAUCGACUCCAGCUUGCCCGCAGCCGAAUACGAACACCAACUGGACGAAAAUCUGGGGUUGCUGACCACGUCGUUGAAGGACCGGCACCCGUUGGUGCGUGCAACAGCGGUCAAAUGUUGCUUCCUGAUCUUCCACGGGUGUUGGACAAUUAUUCCUCCGCAGUUCAUCGCGGACACAUUGAUGUUCGUCACGACCAAGUCUUUGCGUGACCAGAAAAGUCCAUUGGCGCGUGCGAACGUGAUCACAGGUAUUGUGCAAUUAGUGCAGCAGCCGUUUGCCCAGGAGACAUGUAAGGAGUUGUUUGUAACGUUGAGUCCAUCGGUCCAUGACGUGGAUUCACGUGUGCGUUUGGAGUUAAUAAAAUUAGUGGCAGUAGCGGCACAUUUGCCGGAGUAUGACAUCACGAAAUUUAUCGGGCUGGAUGACUUGGUUUCGCGAUUGCAGAGAGAAGCCAUCGCCUGUGACCUGAGUAGAUUGGACCAGAAACCAAUCCCUGUUAAUUCACGGGCAAUUUGCGAAAUACUUGGCCGACUGCUUGGCUCUACUAUCAUCAACAAAAAUCAAAAUCACACACGGACACUCGAGCUGUUAUUGACUUGGGCCGAAAAGUACCCCGGCGUUCUGCCCCGUAUCCUAGAGUAUGGAGUCCAGGCCGAAUCGGUCGCCGACAAGGCCAAGUUAAGCGCGGGGCUCUUCCUCUACGGCUUCCGGACCAUGGACCUCAACCCCGCAAAGCUGCCACUGUCAACGGAACAGUGGCUACGCGCCCUGGAGCCGAACCAGCUCGUCCUGGGCUGUCUGUUGCUGGCCUGCAGUCUACAACUGCUUAAACAAGUCCCUGCCCCAGGAACGGGGACCUCAGACACGGGGACCUCAGGCACGGGGACCUCAGGCACGGGGACAACCCUGGACACAGCAUCGCUGGGCACAGCACCGCUGGACACAGCACCGCUGGACUAUGCGAUGGCAGACUCUGCGGCGGCGACGGAUUCUGCAACCCCAGCCGACGACGACGCCGUUAUGGUUUACCUGCAGCAGAAGUUCGACGUGAAGUUGCUCGCCUUCGGGCUGGAGCUCAUGGCCCGUUCGCCAGCUAAGACGCCAGCCAAUUGCGUUUCGGAACUGGUUAUGGCGGCAAUCCUAGAGCUGUCCAGUCGGCCAGGCUACGUCGUGGACCCGGUAUUGCCGGCGGUGCUGAAGCGGGUGGUGCGGAAACAGUCCGAGUUGGGUACGGGUCGUUGGAUUCAGAUGUUGCGUCUAACUCUGAGGGUCGGUUUGGCGGAGUUCCUGGUGCAAUAUAUGAAUGAGUGGUUGGAGAUACUUAAGGCGGUGCAAAAGUCAUUGUUGCGAUUGGAUACAGAGGAUGCGGGUCGGAGAGAGCCGCUGGGUGACGAGGAGGUGGCCAUGUUAGUGGUGUUUACUAAGAGCAUUCCGUCCCUGACGCAUCCUAGUUUCGGGUUGCCGGACGAGUUGUGCUUACGGUUCCGCGAUCACAUUGUGGAUUUCCUGAAUGAGUUGGAACACGCAGUCGAGGCCGCUUUCCGGGGCUGUCGGGAGAUGAAUGAGUCGAUCCGAUACACCGUGAAUGUAGUGCUGCCAUACUUGCUGGCGGGCGUGGUAGCGUCCAUCAACUACGUGUUGCAGACGGUGGACUUUGCGCUGAUUGCGGACGUGUAUCGCAACGUGGGUCAGUGUCUGCGAAAACUUCAAAACCCGGAAAUGCCUCCUAAUUCCGGUUGGGGAGCGCAACUGCGACGUCUGUUAUCAGGCCGACCUGAGGGGGGCGAGGAGGCGACCGCGUUUGUCUCCGUGGAGGGCGCGGAAGGGGUCCAUAAACUGGCUAGUUGUCUAACAGAGUGUGCCAGUGUCUUGGCUUCCGCCUUGGGAAGUUACUUAAAUCCGUUGGACAUGAUUUCUCUCGAGGGAUUAAGAUCAGCCAUGGCUGCCUGGUGUACAGUCCAGUUGGGAUACAUGCCCUGCAACCUGAUGAGGAUGCGGAAAGAGUUUUUUACCUGCAUGGUGAGGUGUAUACAGUACCAUGCCCGUCUUCAAGGUCUUACUGUCGAGUUGCUAGACACAGUGGUGCUCUUCAGCAUGCUCUACUUGGCAUCGUCACCCAAAAAGCUGUCUCUCUACUACCCUUCACCCGGCAUCUGCAAGACUUCCGCCGACGACCCCGAACCGGCCGUUAAAAGGUACCGGGUCAAUGAAGACCAAGAACGAGACUCAUGCUGCCUCGUCCUGCAUGCCAACCCUGCCCUCAUUGACCAACAAUGGAGACCAUACUGCAGAUUCCUAAACUACCUCACCACACUACAAACGGCAGGACCCAAUGCAACGCACUGCUGCUGGAUCGAGAAGGUCAUCCUCUUCUUCCAAGACCGAUCCGAUACAUACAUCCUAGACUCUUCCAUGACCUACCGCAAUCUCAUCAGAACCGACGUUCUAGAACUACUAAUCAAUACCUUCGUGGCACUCCGCAUGGCGAAGACCCAUGGUAAUGAACAACAAGAAAACGUUAUUAGAGCGGCAAACAGCGCGCGCAAUUCCUUAGAAAGAGAUCUGGAAUCGAAGCAAGCUUUGCAACAACUCGGCUCAGUCACUGGCAAAACUCCCGUCAGAAGACUCCUGGUCAGUCCGGACACGUGA